AGAUUAUUAUUGCGUGGUAAGACUUUCCGGAAGUCAGAAGAAGAUAACUUAUAGUUUCUUGUCAAAAGAAAACUAUUUGUUGGAGACGGAGGAAUAUGGAAAUGGAAUGUGUGGGAGGUCUGAUAGGCAUGAGGCGAUGAAUUUUAUACGAAUUAUAUAUUUGGGUAGACAAGGAUAUUUGUGA